AUGCCUUGUCCAACACCGUUGGCCCAGCCUGUUGAGGCGCGCUUCCUGCCGGUAUGGUUCAGCUGUGUGGCUGCGGAUUGGCUACAAGGACCCUACCUUUACGCACUUUAUGCUGACAGGGGCUUGAGCAGCCUGGUCAUCGCCAAGCUCUUUGCUGUUGGCUUCGUGUCCUCGGCAGCGCUGGGAUCAGUGGCGGGGCGGCUUUGUGAUCGGAUUGGCACAAGCCGCGGUUGCCAGUUAUACUGCGCCUGUGCAGGACUUUCCUGCUUCCUCGUGCACAGCGCAAUGGUGCCCAUAUUGGCCUUCAGUCGGGUUCUGGGUGGGAUUGCUGACUCCUUGCUCUACACUGCCUUUGAGGCAUGGGCGAUCGAGGCAUUGGGGGAUGGUCUUCCCUGGCGCUUCGGGGAGCUUUGCUUGGGGUGCCUGACCAUCGAGGACAACAUAGUCCAUGUUGACCCAAUGGUGGCCGAGCAAUCUCAAAAGGCCAAGGUCCUGGAUUUUGCCUUCGACUGCGCUAUGGACAGCACGGAUCCCACUGCACGGAACUACGUGUCCCAGGAUAAGUGCUACCAGAUGAUGGCGAAAAGGAUGGUAGACCACGUCCUUGGAGGCUACUUCAGUUGCCUGUUUUGCUACGGCCAGACGGGUACUGGCAAGACCACCACCAUCAUGGGAAAGGUGGAGCCUGUGUCUGAACAAGGCCUACUGCUCCGACUGAUGAAUGACCUCUUUUCAGAGUAUGUGAAGGGUGUUGCAGACGAGCCAGUCGAGUCUUUCGAGAACUGCGUGCAGCUCAUCGAGUAUGGCAACACGAUGAAGACCGUGGCUGCAACUGCCAUGAAUGCCAAGAGCUCUCGUGCUCAUACAAUCUUCAAACUGAUGGUGGAGAAGCGUGGAGGCACUGACACCACCAUUGUGACGUCUGAAGCAUUUUUCGUGGAUCUUGCUGGCCGAGAGAAUGAGAAGACCACCAAAGUCUCAGGCGAAAGGCUGGUGGAGCUGACCUUCAUCAAUCAAAGCCUAAUGUGGCUUGCAAGUUGCAUACAAGCUUUAGCGAAGCCGGACACGCGAAAGUCCAUGAGCGCGAAUGCUCAAGCAUCAGGGAACUCGAUGAUGUCAAGAUUUCGGAAUUCCAAGCUAACUCUCCUGCUGUCCAACGCCUUGAGCGGAAAUUCCAAGACAUCCAUGAUCGGCACGCUCAGCCCAGCGCUUGCAAACUUCGAAGAGAGCUACAGCACCCUGACAUUUGCCUCCACAGUUAAGAACAUCAAGAUCAAGGCAAAACCUGCGACAGCUGUCGAUAAGGAUGCCUUGGUCAAGACACUGCAGGAGGAACUCCAGUCCCUCAAAGAGCAGCUGGCAGAGGCACAAGAGAAGGUUCACGCUGACACCCUGACAGACAAGCUAGAGGCCACGGAGGCCUUGGUGGAGCGAUAUCGCAAAGGAUGGACUGAGGCUUCCACUGAAGCCAGGCGGCUCAUGUCUCAGCGUGGCGCUGCUUUGGAAAAGCUGGGGGCACCACGUUGGAGCUGGGCGAUGAACCAUGUGCUGAUGGCUAACAAGGUGCAGCAGCGCCAAGUCCCACACUUGGCCAACUACUCCGAUGAUCCGCACAUGCGGGGUCGGCUGCUGUUCCAUCCGGCACAGCCCGGCCGCGAGUAUUCCUUGGGUUACAACCAGACCGAGUGUGACUUCCUGGUCCCACACGGCCUUGGCAUCCAGCAGGUCACUUGCUACAUCCGCAAGGAUGCUGAUGGCCGCCUGUUCCUCCGGCCAGCCGCGCAGUCGGACAGGAGCAGUAGCAGCAGUGAGGAGGAGUGGCAUCCGACAAAGAAGGUUGACAGCGCAAUCUCCAGCAUCGAGGUCAAUGGCGUUCAGCUGAAGACGAUUCAAGACGUCGAGCUGCAACAUUUGGACUGCGUUGUCCUGGGCCGCUCUGUGAUGCUGUAUGCCUUCACCAAGCCUGGAAGCGACAUACAUUCCCUCCCAGCCGACAAAGCCGCUGGGAGGCCUUCACAGCAGGAGUCGUUAAUCUUGGAGAUUUUGGGGAAAGACAGAGCUGAACAGCCGGGUCAGCUUCAGAUGGCCUUGAAGUACAUGUCUGAACUCAAGAGCCACAACCUGGAUAGCGAUGGUGCGACCUCCGUUCAGGAGUUCAUGCUCAUGGCCCAAAAGGCAGCCACCAUGGUGGAGGAGGCCAACCAGAUCACUGCCGAGGUUAAGCCGGGUGGACAGACCAACCUUAAGUUCGAGCUGUGCACCAUCGCGCCGAUCUUGGCGCUGGGUUAUGGCCGUUCCUUGUGUCCAGAACUGUCAGUCCGACUUGUGCGACAGAUGUCGCCCAGCCAGGCAAAAGCUAAAGCCUCUGCAAUCAGUGCUCGAAGAGCAAGUAUGCAUUCCAGCGAGAUUCUCCUAGAGCAGUUUUCCUCUGGAGCUGGUGGCGUUGGAACGGAUGAGGUGGAGGUCCUGUACAACUGGACCUUUGAAAAGUUCUGCUCCCGUUUGCAGAUCAUGCAGGAGGUCUGGCAGGCACAUUGCGAAGAUCCUGAGAACUUUGACCUGGAUGAAUUUAAUCAUCCUUGGUCAGAGCAAGGUCCGAGCGAACUAGCGGAGCUCAGGCAACGUUAUGACAGCCUUCGGGAAAGCAUUGUCUCAGCAAGCCCAAAGAACUUGGUUGAGCAUGCAGAUGCAUCUCGAUCUCCGAGGAGUACUUUCGGACCCGGGAUCCGCAAGCAGAAUGAGAGACUUGAGGAGGAAAACCAACGGCUAAGACAGCAGGUUAGCGAACUCAGCAACAGCUUGAUGCUGCACUCGCAGCUUGGCCAAGUGCCGCAGACAGGGUCCAACACAGUGCGCGUCAACCAGGCCGCAUUUCCAGCAGAUCAUAGCCCCGACUCAAUCAAGGGCAUCCUCGACCUUUCCAAGACCAACUUGCUGCUGGUUCUGGACUUGUUCGACACACUGUCACGUUUGAGCAGCAGCAUGCUCAAUGCCUCCGCUGCAUGCCUGCAGACCACUCCGGAUGGGAGCACAGCAGUGGACGAGGCGAGAAGACGUUUGGCAGAGGCUUCUUCCGACCUUGCCAACUUUUUCGCAGAGACGUCACCAAACUUGGGACCAGUUGGUGUUGACUCCAUCAAGGAUGUGAGCAGUUCGCGGAGCCUUGACCCUUCUGUGGCCUCGUCCCCUGCUGCUCCGGCCAUGGUGGCCUCUCCAUGGGCACGGCCCGUCCUGCAGCGAGGAUUUCCUGGUACACCCAUGUCGCCCGUCCCAGUAAAUGCGAGCCCCAGCGCCGGGGCCAGGCCACAGCUGCGGCUACCAGUUCCUGGAGUUCCUGGCGCUGGCGGUCAGGGCCAGGGCCAGCAAGCCUCCAAUGAUUCCCCGAGCAUGUGGUCUGGCAGUUGGCUGAUUGCGGUCAUCUCUGGCAUUGUGGGCAGCGCAGUGGUCAGCGCAGUUCCCGCAACGAGUCAUGCUCUCAGUCUGGAAGCCAUAAAGCUGGAGACGAAUCUGGCUUUUGGCGGGUCGACGGCAGCCUUUGAUUUGGCCGCAGUCUUUUGCUUACUGGGGGCCAUCCUCAUCGGUGUCCUCUGGCGGCCGGCCGAAGCGCCACGCAGCACAGAGGGAAUGCUUUGGACCAGUCCGCGGCAGCCUGCAAGACCACAGCGGUCUCGGAUUUUGAAGCGUCUGCAGAGAUGCGUCAGCUGCGCCGCAGCUUCCAUGAUGGAAGGAUUGCGGCAAGUACAUGCUGCAGUUACAGCAGAUCCAUCAAUCAUCUUGUAUGGUGCGGUUACCGCCGCCUUUGAGGGCGCCUUGUUUGUUUUUGUUUAUAGCUGGACGCCAGUGCUCCUCGAUGGUGCACCAGGUCUUGCGCCCCAUCUCGGGCUGGUGUUCUCCCUCUUCAUGGCGUCGUGUGCUUGUGGCUCCUGGUGCUUUAACACCUUGUCAUCAGCACGGAGCCCGGAAAGGUUGCUGCAGCCAUUGUUGACUGUCGCGGCACUGGCUCUCCUGAUGGCAUCCUAUGCAGCACAGACGCAGUCCGUGCUCUUGGCAUUGGCUGCCUUUGUGCUGUUUGAAUGGUGCGUGGGGAUGUACUUCCCAUGUAUCAGCACGGUGAAAAGCCACGUGGUGCCAGAUCGUGUGAGAACCCUUGUCUACAGCCUGUACCGUGUUCCCCAGAACGCUUUCGCCCUCUGUGUCCUGCUCCGCGUACCCUCACACAGCACUGCCCUGGUGGUGUGCGCUGUCGAAGCCCAAGUGUUGCAGAAGUGCUGCAGACAGGGUCAGCAAGCCGCCCUGGAUCAUUGCCCAUCGUAG